AUGUGCAAUUAUCUUAGCCUCACUAACUUUUCUAAGCAACAUCAAGAUUUUGUUGCAACUAUUGACACAGGUUAUAAACCACGUACAUUUCAAGAUGCUAUGAGAGACUCCCGAUGGGUGGAAGCCAUGAGGGCUGAAAUCACAGCCUUAGAAGACAACCAUACAUGGUGCCUCACGGAUUUACCUCCAGGGAAGCGUGCUCUUCCAAGCAAGUGGGUGUUUAAAAUAAAAUAUCGUUCUGAUGGAACGGUGGAACGGUAUAAGGAAAGAUUGGUGAUUGCAGGUAAUUAUCAGAUUGCUGGAGAAGAUUACAGUGAGACUUAUGCACCAGUGGCAAAGAUGAUGAGUGUACGUACAUUGCUUGCAGUGGCUGCAGCAAGAAACUAG